AUGAAACCAAAGUUUACGAGAGCGCCCAUUACAGACGCCGGUAGAGUCGCCUACCUCGGAGAGUCGUCCAACCUGACUUUGCUCGUUCACGAUCGGCAAGGCUCGUCAGACGUCGUUCAUUAUCCUUUACCCGAAAACGUCAGGGGAUCUAGAGCUCGCCUGACCGAACUGGAUAACGUCGAAAUCGACAUCCUCCACCAGCGCGGUGCCUUUCUUCUUCCACCAAGAUCACUAUGCGACGAGCUCAUCGAUUCUUACUUCAAAUGGAUACACCCGAUCGUUCCGGUCAUCAACCGCACCCGUUUCAUGCGACAGUAUCGCGAUCCCAAAAACCCACCCUCCCUUCUCCUGCUUCAGGCUGUGCUGCUGGCCGGCUCCCGAGUCUGUACAAACCCGCAGUUGAUGGAUGCCAACGGUUCGACAACCCCUGCGGCUCUGACCUUCUACAAGAGAGCCAAAGCGUUGUACGAUGCCAACUAUGAAGACGAUCGAGUGACCAUCGUGCAGUCGCUAUUGCUGAUGGGCUGGUAUUGGGAAGGGCCGGAAGAUGUGACAAAGAACGUGUUCUACUGGAGCCGAGUCGCCACCAUCGUCGCUCAGGGUUCUGGCAUGCAUAGAAGCGUCGAGCAGUCGCAGCUCAGUCGCUCUGACAAGAGGCUCUGGAAGAGGAUCUGGUGGACCCUCUUCACGCGGGAUAGGUCCGUCGCCGUCGCCCUCGGCCGGCCCGUUCACAUCAACCUGGACGACUCCGACGUCGAGAUGCUCACGGAAGAGGAUUUCAUCGAGGACGACGGCGACCGCAAUAGCGAGUACCCCCCAGAUCCGAUACACGUUCAGUUUUUCAUGCAAUAUGUCAAACUAUGCGAGAUCAUGGGCUUGGUGCUAUCACAGCAGUACUCGGUGGCGUCGAAAGGUCGGCAACGCAACGCGAUCGAUUUGACGCACAGCGACAUGGCUCUCGCAGACUGGCUCCAGAAUUGCCCCAAGAUCGUGUACUGGGAGGUUGCUCGACACCACUUCUGGUCUGCUUUGCUCCACUCCAACUACUAUACAACCUUGUGUCUGUUACACAGGGCACACAUGCCGCCCAACGGCGGAAGCCGGUUCCCUGAUGAUUCUCCGUAUCCAUCGCGGAACAUCGCAUUCCAGGCAGCAGCCAUGAUCACGUCCAUCAUCGAAAAUCUAGCGGCCCACGGCGAGCUGCGAUUCUGCCCGGCAUUUGUUGUGUACAGCUUGUUCUCUGCCCUUAUCAUGCACGUGUAUCAAAUGCGGUCGCCUGUACCAUCGAUUCAACAGGUGACUCAGGACAGACUACGAACAUGUAUGCAGGCCCUCAAGGAAGUCUCCCGGGUAUGGCUGGUGGGGAAGAUGGUGUAUACCUUGUUUGAGUCCAUCAUAGGGAACAAGGUUCUCGAGGAGCGUUUACAGAAGGCCGCAGGCAAGCGACACAGGAAGGCGCAGCAGGCCAUGGCGCAGUUGGAACAGCACUCACGUCCUCAGGAUGUGGCCAAGCGGAAGUACGAUGACAUGGCGAUCGACUUCAGCGUCAACACCCCGACACCCCAGGAGUCGUAUGAGCGAUCUCGUCCCCAAACACCUAGCCACAUGAAGGGCGAAGGUAACCCUCAAACCAUGCCCCCGCCGGUAACAUCUCCUAAUCCCAGGCAACACGACACAUUCAUGGGCGGGACAUCUUCGCGGCCGCAGACCAGACCUGCGACACCGUUCAACCCGUCCUUCUCCGUACCAGCUACGCCACCAGAUUUGUACCUGGUAACGCGUAACUCGCCAAAUAUUUCCCAGUCUCUGUGGGAGAAUUUCCAGCCCGAUCAGUUGUUUCCCGACAGUGCCAGCAUGCCGGCCUUCCCCCACAUGUCGCCCCCGCCCGCAAGCCAGCAAGGCUUGGAUGCAGGUCUCAUGGCGCACCUGCAAAACCCCAAUAUGCAGAGUGGACUGCCGGCCCAAAACACCCAAUUUCAGCAAAGGGGGACCGGCAAGCCAGUCUUGGGUGGAAGCCCUCCCCAGGGCCACAAUGUUCUCCAGCCAAACAUGCAAGGCUUCCAGCCGCAGUCGCAGCAACACCUACACCAGCAGCAGCAGCAGCAACAGCAACAGCAACAGCCGCAGUCGCAGGGACAAGAGCAGAACUCCAACAGCAACAACAAUAACAACAACAGCCUCAAUAACAACCUGUGGACGGCCAACUUUGAUGGAUUGAUGCCCGAUGGACAAAGCCCGAGCGAUAGCUGGAGUACAGGAUCUGCCCAGGGGCAACCUGUUCCAAACACUUUGAAUGUUGAAGACUGGUUCCAGUUUUUCGGCAUCAACAACGGCGACUUGGCAAACAUGAACCUUGACCUGGGACUUGGGCCUCAGUGA